AUGCUUUUUCUUUGUUUCAUUCUUAUUUACGUACUCUCUUUCUUUUUCUUUCUGUCUCCCUUUCUUUCUUUCUUUCUUUUCUUUCUUUUCUUUUACGAUCAUUCUUUCUUUUUUCUUUUUUACGUAAAUUCUUUCUUUUUUUCUCUUUUACAAUCAUUCUUUUUUACUAUCUUUCUUUCUAUCUUUCUCUUUUCUUUUUCUUUCUUUCUUAUUUCUAUUUUCUUUUAUGUAAACUCCUUCUUUCUUUCACCUUUCUUUCUCUUUUACAUAUUUUGCUUAUUUUCUUUCUUUCUUUUUUCUUUUCGAUAUUGGAAUUUUUUCUUUUUCUUUCACUUUACUUAUAUCUUUUCUUUCUUUUUUUUCUUUCUUUCUUUCUUUCUUUCUUUCUUUCUUUUUCUUUCUUUCUUUCUUUCUUCCAUUCUUUCUUUCUUUCUUUUUUUUCUAUUUUCUUUGAUCCUUCUUUCUUUCUUUCUUUUUUUUCUUUUCUUUCUUUCUUUUCUUUCUUUUCUUUUGAUCUACUCUUUUCGAGCUUUCUUUCUUUCUUUCUUCCAUUCUUUCUUUCUUUCUUUUUUUCUAUCUUUCUUUGAUCCGCUUCCUUCUUUCUUUCUUUCUUUCUUUCUUUCUUUCUUUCUUUCUUUCUUUCUUUCUCUUUGA